UCAUCAUCAUCUUCUUCUUCUUCAUCAUCAUUCUCUUUCCUCUUUUUCUUCUGUGAUUCUUCGAUAACCCCACCUCCUUCUUUCUUGCCCUAUUAAACCCCACAACAAAUUCGUACAAAACCCCGUUUUGCUCGUUCUUCAAAUUUUGGUGUUCUUCUCGUUUGUUGUUUUAUAAUCGGACUUUGCCUUGAUGAAGGCGGAAGGUGAACCUCCAUCACGACAAGUAAUUACGAAGUUCGGUGCGUUUGAUUCUUGAAAAAAGAAACCCUAAAAUGCUUAAUUUUCUGUUUCUUCCAUAGACAAAGUAGUAAGGUGCUCAGUUUAAUCGGGGCUCGGUGGGGGAAGAGGAGAACCGCGAGGAUGUUUCCGUGGAACAUCGCCAAGUCGGCGGAGGCGAUGUUCUCGCGGUGGGCAAUCAAGAGAGUUUGCAAGUUUUUGUUGAAGAAGAAAUUGGGCAAAUUCAUACUUGGUGAUGUUGAUCUUAACCAGCUCGAUGUUCAGCUCUCCGCCGGGACAGUUCAGCUCAAUGAUCUUGCUCUCAACGUGGAUUAUAUUAAUCAAAAGUUUGGUGCAAAUACAACGGUCAUUGUAAAAGAAGGAUCAAUUGGCUCUUUGAUGUUAACAUUGCCAUGGAGAGGUGAUGGUUGUGGAAUUGUAGUGGAUGAACUUGAGCUUGUGAUUGCUCCCUGUGGGGAAAAUGUAUUCUGUGAUGGUUCAGAAACCUGCACUUCUGCUCAAGAGAACAACAGUUAUGCAAACCAUGUAUCAGGAAGGGCUGAAAAGGAGGUAGCCACUGAUAGUUUGAGAAGCACUUCUGUGGAAGUUCAUGAAGGAGUUAAAACCAUAGCCAAUAUGGUGAAAUGGUUGCUCAGCAGCUUUCAGGUGACGGUGAAGAAACUAAUCGUUGCAUUUGAUCCCUGCACAAUAGAGAAAAAGAGUAGUAAAUUUUGUCGGACGUUGGUUCUCCGAAUUGCUGAAGUACAAUGUGGCACAAGUAUUUCUGAAGAUGCUCAUUUAAUCAACGGAGACAGGGACAACAUCAUUGGCUUAAGUCGAUUGACCAACUUUGUAAAGUUUCAAGGAGCAGUGCUUGAAUUUCUACAAAUUGAUGAUGUGCAGGAACAGGCUGCUUAUGCUUCGGAUACCACAUUUAGUGAAUGGUUUUCGCACUGCUGUCAAUCAACUGCGAUGACUCCAAUCAUUACUGGAAAAGAUGGCGGCUUUUCAGGAAGCCUGAAAUUAAGCAUACCUUGGCAAAAUGGUUCCUUGGAUAUCCGGCAAGUAGAUGCAGAUGCUUAUGUUGAUCCUUUGAAAUUAUACUUUCAGCCAAGCACUGCUUUGUGUAUUAUGUAUUUGUGGCGCAUCUUUAAAGACACUGGCUCCAGCGGGGUGUGCCAAAUGCUUUCGAAAACUACAGAUUCCGUCUGUGACAAUGCAGCAUCUACUUAUCAUUCUACAAUGCAAGCUCCGGAUUCACUUAAUUCUGAUGUGGUGGUACAUGGAAAUGAUAAAUCGGUCUUAAAAUGCAGUUCUUUUGUUGCGGAAGACUGUAGACCAAAAGCGCUACUCUCAGAAUCUCAUCUCAUCUCAGAUUGGAUAGGCAGAAGCCAGAAAGACACAACUUAUGUAGAACCUGAUUUUGGGGCCAGUGUGGACCAGUUUUUUGAAUGUUUGGAUGAAUUAAGAAGCUCGCAGUCAGCUUUGGGAAACAGCGGAGUAUGGAAAUGGACCUCUUACAUCAGUGCUUUGACUGCUGCAACCAACCUUGCGUCUGGAUCUUUGCACAAACCAGCUGUACAGCAGCAUGUUGAAACCAACUUCAAGGUGAAUAUUGCCCACAUAUCUCUUCUUUUCUCUUUCUUUGAUGAAGAGUUUGAGUAUUCCUGUCCAACCGAGACUUCUGCGGCAAGUGCUGGGCACAAAUCUCAUUAUCUGGAGAUGAACAUCUGGGACCUGCUCCUCCUAUUCCGGGUAUGUCCUAAAGAGAUGAAUCUGGAGGCUACCAUUCAUCAUGUAGAGUUGGAUGAUCACUUUUCUUCCUUGGAGAUCGAUCCGAAAAGUCAGGUUGAUUUUAUUCGAAGGGGGCAAGAAGCUAUUCAAGAUGCUAUUACCCCAUCUAGCGUGCCAGGUGGACGUGCUGGAGUUUCUAAGAACAAGGCUAAUGAGAUGGACCAUCCCAUGGAUAAUGCUGUGAACGUGUCUUUGCUUAAAACUUCUGGCAUCAGCCGAUGCCAAGUUACUGUUGAUAUUGUUAGUUCUGAGCGAUUUGUUUUGGGGCCAAUAUCUUUUACGUUGAAGCUGCCACCAUUUGUAUUCUGGGCUAAUGUUAGUCUUCUCAGUGAGGUUUCAAAUGUUUUGAAAGAACUUGGAUCUCAUGAGAUGGUUCUUACAAGGAUGAAUGAAAGCAUUAGUGCAUCUGAUCAUGUCUCGUCCACGAGUACAACUGAAAGCCUGCGGGGAAAUAUAAUCCUUGAAAGCGGGAGGAUAAUGCUUAUGGAGGAUUAUUCUUCUUUUGAUCAAUUAAUUUCUCUUGAUUUCUCUUCUCCAGUUUGGGACCAUAAUGCUGAGGCCUCUCAACCUGCCCGUGCCUCUGGCGCUGCAAAAGGAUAUUCACUACAAAAAACCCGCUCCUUGAACUUGAGUUGGGGAACUCUUUCUGCCUACCUGAUUACCUCUGAUCCUGAGGAGAAUGUUGGAAUUGGAACAUCUGGUAUCCCCAACUUUUUUGCUCAAAAUUUUUUGUCAAUUUCUGAUGGAAACAGCCGCUUUUCUACCGUUAAUAUAUCCUGGCAGGAUGGUGCUUCGACUGGUCCUUGGAUAACUAAGAGAGCCAAGCUUCUUGCUACGGCAGAGAAUUUGAAGAAUGGAGACAGAUUCAUGGGGAAGGAUUGUGAGUGUACUUCUGUAACGAAUGUUAAGGGAAUGAAAGACUUUGAGAAGCAUGCAAGACAAGCAAUUGUUCUCAGCUCAGGAUUUUUGGUACACGCACAGUUUUCUCCUGUUGUUGUUAGGUUGGGAAAGGCUGAGUACGAUAGCCUAAUUCAUUUCCUGCAUAAGUUGAUUGAUUGUUUGCCGCCUUUGGCCUCUGAUUCUGUGAAUGAAGUAACUACUCUAUCUCAAGGAUCUAUCUUAGUGGAUUGUGAUUCUGUAGAGAUUGCGAUCUCAAUGGACGGAUCGACCAGUGAGAAAAGUCCUCUCCAGAAGGAGCUUUCUGGUUCUUGGCAUAGUUUUAGACUCAAAGUUCAGAAGUUUCAGUUGCUUUCUGUUUCAAAUAUAGGUGGAAUUGAAAAUGCUAGCUUUCUCUGGGUAUCGCAUGGAGACGGCAGUUUGUGGGGUUCAGUUACAGGGGUUUCUCGCGAAGAGCUACUUCUCAUCUCUUGCUGCAACUCAGCCCGAGGGCGUGGUGAUGGACAAGGUUCUAAUCUUUUAUCUCCCAGGCUCUCAGGAUCUGAUAUUGUACACUUUUGGGAUCCAGUGGACCUCCACAGUUACAUGUCCAUUGUUGUGAGUUGUGGGACAGUUGUUGCAACUGGUGGUCGUGUAGAUUGGUGGGAUACACUAUCUUCCUUUUUCACUUUGUCCUCACGCGACCUUGAAGAAGCAGGUGACAACAAUCUGCCGAAAGAGGAUUCUGAAAGAAGUUCACCUUCUACUACAUCCUUUGUUCUUAAUCUGGUGGAUGUUGGUUUGUGUUAUGAGCCGUACUUUUGUGACUAUGCUAUUGAUGAUGGUUCUGAUGCAGUAUCUCCCUCCACUUCGAUGAACAAAAUUGUAAAUGAACGCUAUUUUGCCUGUCUAUUAGCUGCAUCUUCAUUCACAAUUUCAAAUACAAGUGUGUGCAAUUCAUCCGUUGGUGAAUACGAAAUCAGGGUGCAAGAUUUGGGUCUGCUUCUUUGUCCUGUAUCAGAUCUGAAGCUUGUUGGGGCUAGCUACAAUGUGAAAAAUCUUAGCAAGUUUGGUCAUGUUAAAGUGGCUCACGUGGCACGUAUUGAAGCACUUUUAAGAAUUUUUUCCAAAGAGGAGGAACCUGCAUGGGAAGUAGAAUCACCAGGUUUAGACAUUGUUAUAAAUACUUGUUCUGAUACCACUUCUGGUCUUGUUCGUCUGGGUGCCCAACUCCAGCAGCUUUUUGCACCUGACAUUGAAGAUGCUCUCAUUCACCUGCAAAGCAGAUGGAAUAAUGUUCAAGAAGCAAAUGGGGAUGCUGAAAAUGGAACCGUCAGUGAUGAGGCUCCUUUGUCAGAUUCUGAGGGUUAUAUGGGGAUGCAGGGUAAUCAAUGCACAGGCAACCUGAUGGAAGAAAUCUCUGAAGAUGCAUUUCAGCUAGUCGGAAAGUCGGUUGGCCAAAGUGAUUGUAAUGAUGCAGAUGUUUUUGUGGCAUUCAAUGAUAACAUUCUUGGUGAACCAAGUAGCAUAAGUGCCAAAGAUGGUGAAAAUUUCGCUGGCUGUUUCCCUUUUAGCGGGACAGUCCCAUUUGUUGGAUUUGAAAAGUGUGAAUCCUCUUCCCAACAUGGCAAGGUACCAGAAUUAAUAGAAGAAUAUUUCUUGUCUGAUCUACGCCCUUUAUCCGACCUUGCGAUAAAAAGUGAGUCAUCGAAUGGUAGUCUUAAAUGUAGAGCUGGUAUUGUGGGCAAUGGAGAUGUGCAAAUUAGAGACAAUGGAUGGUAUGGAAACACCAUAGUACAAAUUUUAGAAAACCACAUUUCAGAGGAAAGCAAUCAAGCAAAUAUGCUCCAAGUUGAGGAUUCUGAGUCCUCCAGUAGUUGCACUGGGCCCGAAGAUUAUGCUAAAGUCAAGGGGCGCGUACUUCUUAAAAACAUCAAUGUUGUUUGGAGAAUGUACGGUGGUUCUGACUGGAAAAACUUUCAAAAGAGUUGUGAUGAUUACAGCUCUGGACGAGAUACAACUACUUGUUUGGAGGUCUUAUUAUCAGGGAUACGAAUCCAAUAUGAUAUGCUCCCUGAAGGUGGAAAUUGUGUUUCUAGGCUUUCUGUUAGUGUUCAGGAUUUUUUCUUGAAUGAUAAUAGCCAAAAUGCACCGUGGAAACUGGUGCUUGGUUAUUAUCAGUCAAAGGAUCGCCCUAGAAAAUCUUCUGCAAAAGCUUUUAAGAUGGAUUUAGAAUCUGUCAGACCGGAUCCUUUGACGCCUCUGGAGGAAUAUCGGUUGCGUGUUGCUAUUCUUCCAAUCCGUUUACAUCUCCAUCAAAGCCAGCUCAAUUUUCUCAUCAAUUUCUUUGGUGGGCAAAGUUUACCUGUUAAGCCAUCUGAUGAUACCACUUAUGAUAUGCAUGUGGGAGAAAAACAGAGGGGGACUGUGAAUGUUGGUCACUUUACAAUCAUUGAGGAGGCCUUGCUUCCCUAUUUUCAGAAAUUCGAUAUAUGGCCUGUCCUUAUCAGAGUCGAUUAUAGACCUUCACAUGUUGAUUUAGCGGCGUUGAGAAGUGGGAAGUAUGUGGAACUGGUUAACAUAGUUCCUUGGAAGGGUGUGGAGUUACAGCUCAAACAUGUGAGUUCACUAGGGAUAUAUGGUUGGGGUUCUGUGUGCGAAAGAGUACUUGGGGAAUGGUUGGAAGAUAUCUCUCAAAAUCAGAUUCAUAAACUGCUGAAAGGACUCCCUCCUAUUCAGUCGUUGGUAGCAGUUGGUUCUGGUGCUAAAAAGAUGUUUACACUGCCGGUGAAAAACUACAAAAAGGAACGGAGACUUAUUAAGGGAGUUCAAAGGGGGACGAUUGCUUUUAUGAGAAGUGUAUCUGUUGAAGCAAUUGGUCUUGGAGUACAUUUGGCUGCAGGUGCUCACAACAUUCUCCAUCAGGUGGAAUGUAUACUUGCAAGCAUUCCGCCAUCUUUACCAUCCUGUCCUGCAGAAAGCCGGGGAAAGAGAGACGUGAGGUCAAAUCAACCAAAGGAUGCCCUACAAGGAAUGAAACAGGCUUAUGGGAGUAUCAGUGGCGGGCUUAGUAAGUCUGCUUCUGCCUUAAUACGGACUCCUCUGAAAAGAUAUCAAUCGGGAGAUGGUAUUGGUUCUGCUCUGGCAACAGCUGUUCAAGCAGCCCCUGUAGCAGCCGUAGCUCCAGCUUCUGCAACUGUGCGUGCUGUGCAGUAUGCACUUCUUGGUAUGAGAAACAGCCUUGAUCCAGAGCACAAGAAAGAGUCUUUGAAGAAAUACCUGGGCUCGGCUCCCCGAAGGGAAUUCUUGUAAUAUAGGUGUGUACAGAGAUUUAGGCCGAGGAAUCCUAACCGUGCAGAGACAGAGACAGCUGCCUCUGCAUGGAAAUGUAGAUAUCAAGUGUGAAUAGUCCUUUUCUUUUUCCCCCUGGUCACCACUAAGCCGAGCCUAAAGGUCACAGAAAUAGACCCUUGUGAUAUAUUCCCUCUUGUAUUGUAUAGCUUACUUAAUAGUGUGUGUACAUAUUAGUUCUUCCUUGAGCAGCAUAGCCAAUUUUUUCAAAAUGUAAAUAGAUCUCUGCAUGGUUUCAAUUUUAUUGAAUGUCCCUGAAUGGGCAAUUGUAAAUAGAUUACCAAUUCUUUGAUUCAGCGAAUUAGCUCCUUUUUCCUUGGGUUUGUAUAGUAAGUACUCCAUCUUGUGACUCAUGUAAUAUAAAUUCUUGCUUUGAAAUUUGAAUAUUCUCAUCCUUUAGCCAUUCUAAUUCUAGACUGCCUCUAUCCCGGAUGGAGUAUAUCUUCUUACCAGGUUGAGUUUUUAUCACGGUUUACUGAAUGUGCUUCAACUGUGGAAGUCAAUACAACCUUUCAUUGUUGAAUUUAAAGGCCACAUGUGGUUCACUUUCAAGAUUCUUAUUUUGGACAAAUUAGUGGCUUAUGAAGCAAUCAACUAAGGACGAUUUUAAUUAAGGUGGAUGUUAAGGUUUGCGUUGCUGCAAUAAGUACUGAACUUUGUGAUUCUACAAAGUGAAGAGAGGACCCAAAAACACAAUUCCAAGUUUCCAACAGCAAAAACGACAGAAAGUGCAUUGAUCUGUUUCAGCAACAAGGCAUAAGCAAAAAAGUGGAAAGGAUUGAUGACAAUGCUAAAUUUGUACAAACACCACAAACAGGAAACAGUUAUCAAGCUUAGAUUUAUGCACACUAUAAUCUCUGGGCUUCUGAUCUAUAUUUAUCAGAAUUUCUCUUCCAUUUGUCAACUUGUUCAUCGAAAAGCUCAAUGAAAAGUACUACUACUGAUGCCAUCCAGUGUAAAUCCAAAAAACGGAAUUCCAUAUUAUUCACCUGAAACUUCACAUAGAUGGAAUGCAUCAAUCGUCAAUGCUCCCCGAAUGAAAAAGUUGUGGCGGUUUCAUCAAUACUUUCAAGAACAAGUUCAUGAGGAACAUUAAUCUUAUCAAAAGAUUUUCUGGGCACAUGAUGAAUAUGAGAUCUCUUCAGGCCUAAACGCUCUUUCCACCUGCUCAUCCCUUUGGUGACUCGAGGUGAAGCGCCAUCCGUAAGAUCAUCAUCAUCGUCGGCUAGGAGUUCAUCCCUUAUGGUGGUUUUGGUAGCAGAGUUCUUAGUAGGCAUAAGUUUGCCCUUGAAGAAGACCUCAUCAGCAGGAAUCAUGUUGUAACCGGAGACAGAAAACUCGAAGUCGGAAGAAACAGGGGCUUCUCUGUAGCUGUUUUCAUGCUUGAUGGGGUACUGCGAAUCAGCAAAGUCAUUGGAGAAAGAGAUUCUUGGCCCCAUUGUGGAAUGGAUGCCGCCCUGUUGGUCAUUGUUGUACAUGUUUAAGCAUGCCAUGGACACUGGAAACUGAAACUAGGCUAAUUUGAUGCACCUCCCAGGGAAGUUUCUGCUGGUUUUUUUUAGUGUGUGUGUGUUUGUGAGAUUAAUAUGCUUCACAUGACUAACUGUCUUGAGUUCACAGUAUUAUAUAGGGCGGGGUUGUAAGAAAUUUCUUGUUUAGAAUUCAAAUUCUUGACUUUUGUUACACAC